AAUGGCUACCCCGCCCGCCGCCGCUCCCUCGUGGACGACGCCAAGUUCGAGAGCACCAUCAAGAAGCAGCAGAAGCAGACGUGGAUUGAGGAGGCGAAGAGGCUGUCUUGUGACGGGGAGCUGAGCGAGGAGGAGGUGUUCCUGGUCCAGAGUCCCUGCGAGCCGGACGUCCCCCAGCAGGUGGCUCUCGUCCUCGCGCUCAUCGAUGGCAUCACCAAUCUGCCAAGGAUCAUUAAAACCAUCGAGAACUUCAAGGGCACGGUCGUCCACGUGGAGACGCGACCCGCCCCUCGCAAGGGCGUGGCCUUCGACGUCCUGUUCAAGGUGGUGAUCCUGCGGGAACCUCUCCUGACGCUGCUGAAGAACCUCCGCCAGGGGGCCUCCAUCGCCUCCGUCAAUCUGCUGUCGGAGCAUCACUCUUCGAUUAAAGAGCCGUGGUUCCCGAAGCACAUAAGCGAGCUGGACAUGUGCAACCACCUCAUGACCAAGUACGAACCGGACCUGGACAUGGACCAUCCCGGUUUCGCGGACCAGGAGUACCGGGCCAGGAGGAAGGAGAUCGCCGACAUCGCCUUCAAGUAUAAGCACGGCGAGCCCAUCCCCCGCAUAGAGUACCGGCCGGAGGAGAUCUCGACGUGGGGCGCCGUGUUUAGCGAGCUCGAGCGCCUGAUCCCGACCCACGCCUGCCGCCAGUACCGAGAGGUGUGGGAAAUCCUCAAGAGGGACUGUGGCUACGCGGCAGACAACAUCCCGCAGCUCGAGGACGUGUCCAGGUUCAUGAAACGUCGCACCGGCUUCUCCCUCCGGCCAGCAGCAGGCCUCCUGACGGCGAGGGACUUCCUGGCCUCCCUCGCCUUCAGGGUAUUCCAGUGCACGCAGUACAUCCGCCACUACUCCUCCCCCCACCACUCCCCCGAGCCAGACGCCAUUCACGAGCUCCUAGGCCACGCCCCCCUCCUCGCGUACCCUCAGUUCGCUCAGUUCUCUCACGAGCUGGGUCUGGCUUCCCUCGGGGCGUCUGACGAGGAGAUCGAGAAGUUUGCUACCAUGUACUGGUUCACCGUGGAAUUCGGUCUCUGUCGGGAGAGUGGCGAGAUUCGGGCUUGGGGCGCCGGUCUCCUGAGCAGCUUCGGGGAGUUGCAACACGCCCUUUCCGACAAGCCCGAUAAACGCCCCUUCGACCCGGCCAAGACAGCCGUUCAGCCGUACCAGGACCAAGACUACCAGGAUCUCUACUUCGUGUCCGAGAGCAUUGACGACGCGCAGGAAAAGUUCAAGCGAUGGACCUCCCAGACUCUGAGCAGACCCUACGAAGUCCGCUACGAACCGUACAGCCAGAGCGUCCAGACUCUCGAUUCGGUUCAGAAACUGGAGGAGCUGAGCACGGCGAUGUACACGGAAGUCUCGCGUCUAAGGAAUGCCAUUCAGAAGAUGAAGUUUUGA